CAUACAAUUGUUUUUUCUUAUCUUUUACUCCUAGUCCUCUACUGUUUUCGUAUUUCCCCAACAGUGAAAUGAAUGGAUCAUCGAGUCAAAUUUCCAGUAAGAGGAAAUCAGUUCUACCAACUUAUAAGAUUGGUAAAACUCUUGGACAAGGAUCUUUUGCGAAAGUGAAAUUAGCUGUCCAUAAAACUACUGGACACAACGUUGCUAUCAAAAUCCUUAAUCGUGAGAAGAUUAAGCAGAUGGGAAUUGAAGCAAAAGUGGAGAGGGAGAUCAAAAUUCUCAGAUUGUUGAUGCAUCCUCAUAUCAUCCGUCAAUAUGAAGUUAUAGAGACACCAGAAGACAUUUACGUUGUCAUGGAGUAUGUUAAGGCUGGCGAACUGUUUGACUAUAUUGUAGAGAAAGGUAAAUUACAUGAAGACGAGGCUCGCUAUCUUUUUCAGCAGAUCAUAUCUGGUGUGGAGUAUUGUCACCGCAAUAUGAUCGCUCAUCGAGAUCUCAAACCGGAGAAUAUACUCAUGGAUACGAAAUGCAACAUAAAGAUUGCAGAUUUUGGAUUGAGUAAUGUCAUGCAUGAUGGUCACUUUUUGAAGACCAGUUGUGGAAGCCCUAACUAUGCUGCUCCGGAGGUUAUUUCAGGAAAACUGUAUGCGGGACCAGAAGUGGAUAUUUGGAGCUGUGGAGUCAUAUUAUACGCUAUACUAUGCGGUAAUCUUCCUUUCGAUGACGAAAAUAUGCCUGGUCUAUUCAGCAAAAUCAAGAAGGGAGAGUAUAUUCUUCCAGAUCAUUUAUCGUACGCCGCUAGAGAUUUGAUACCGAGAAUUCUUACGGUUGAUCCUAUGAUGAGAAUUAGCAUUCCUGGGAUUCGUCAACAUCCUUGGUUCAGUACUAAACUUCCCCCUUAUCUUGCUGCUCCUCCAUUGGAUACUACCGAACAAGCUAGAGAGAUUAAUGAGGAGAUCAUUCGAGACGUGGUCAACAUAGGGUUUGUUGAAAAACACGUUAGGGAAUCUCUUUUCAACAGAAUCCAAAACGAGGCAACCGUUGCAUACUAUCUGGUACUGGACAGUCGACGUCGUAGUCCCAGUGACUAUUUCAAGUCCAAUGUUAAUAAGAUUUCGAGUUUUAAUUCGACGAUUCCAGCUCAAACGGUUGCUCCGUUUCCGGCAUUGGUUAAUCAUCACCUCAUGGCUGGACUAAGACCACGGGUUAGCGCUGACAAAAAAUGGGCCGUUGGACUUCAGUCUCAAGCGCGUCCUAAGGACAUCAUGACUGCUGUUUUUAAGGCUCUUCAAGACCUUAAAGUGAGCUGGAAACAGAUUGGAGAGUACAACAUAAAAUGCAGAUGGGUUCACCAAAGUAAUAUCUCCAAAGAGAAAUCUAACAUGAUGGAAGCUGAACUUGCGAUGAUCUCACCAACCGUUCUCAAGUUUGAACUUCAGCUCUACAAAGCAGGUGAGGGAAAGUACGUGCUGGACAUCCAGAGAGCCGAUGGACCUCAAUUUCUCUUCUUGGACCUGUCCGUCUCUCUUCUCAGAGAGCUACAUGUGAUCUGAA